AUGUCAUCUCUGACCACAGCUCCCAACGCUCAGUCGGGGGUAUCACCCUCCGCACCUAAUGGCGAGACAAAUGGUUUUUCGAGAUCACCGACCUUUGUAUCGGAAGACGACGUGUCGCCCUCACCACGGGCUGACGAUGCUGGUGCAACAUUGACCGACCUCACUGCUACUGGCGUUGACAAGGAAAAGACACUCUCAAGCAACAACGAAGGCCCAGAAGAACAUCUUCCUGCUCAGUCGACUAUGGGUAAAGUCGAACACGAUUUGGAAAAGGCCGGUACAGCUCAUCCCCAUCAUCACCCAAAUGUAUUGGCUUCUCUGAGUCCGAGAAGAAAGGGUGUUCUGCUACUCUGUUUCUGCCUCUCCAUGUUUAUCGAUGCAGCGGGAGUGUCUGCUACCUUUUUGAUGACGGCGCCCAUCUCACAAGACCUGGGAGUGUCCGUUGGUGAUCAGGCGUGGAUCCUGGGUACCUACUCUCUUGCCUUCGCAUCUACCCUUCUUUUCGCUGGUCGAUUGGCGGAUCUUUACCCGCCACAUAGGAUCUAUACUAUUGGGUUCAUUGGUAUUGCCAUCUUCUACUUGAUCAUCUCAUUCAUGACAGAUCAAUAUGCCUUCUUCGUCCUUCGAGCUUUCUCUGGUGUUUUGGCCGUGUUGACUAUUCCAAGUUCGAUCAACAUGAUCAUCCAAAUGUAUCCUGAACCUGCUGAGCAAGGUCAAAAACUCGCUUUGUUCGGUAUGGCAGGUGCUUUAGCCAAUACUAUUGCCUUGGUCCUCGCUGGUAUCUUCCUACUCGCUAACUGGAGAUGGUAUUUCAGAUUCAUCACUAUUAUGGUUGCCCCUUUCUCUGCUUUAGCCUGGUGGUUAAUGCCUCGAACAGAAGCCGUCGCCGAGGAUUUACCUGGAGCUGCCAAAUUGAAGCGAAUGGAUCUUGGAGGUGUGGCAAUCCUCAUCGCUUGUUUGGUCCUUUUCAUCCUUGGUUUCACUCAAGCCGCUGUGGAUGGAUGGAACACCGCCAUCUUCAUUGCACCUCUAAUCGUUUCCAUUUUCCUCUUUGCCGCUUUCCUAAUAUGGGAAAGAUACAUGCCUAGAGGAUAUUCAUUAUUACCUCAUGACAUGUGGCAAUUCCCAAAUAUCUUCCCAUUGAUUCUUCAAGCUUCAGCGAUUUUCAUGUGGUUCGCUUGUGCUCAACUUCGAAUUGCGACUUACUUCCAAGAGGCUUUACACAAUUCCGCCAUUCUAACAGCUGUCAAAUUACUUCCAAUGGGUAUCACCGCUUUAGUCGUUGGUACCAUGACUCAAGCAUUACCAUUCUUGAUCACCAAACCCAAAUACGUUCAACCCGUCGGUUCGUUAUUGUGUUUCACCGGAAGUAUGCUCUUCGCAUUCAGCGGUGGUGGUGCUGGAACAGAUUACUGGAAGUACAUGUUCACGGGUCAAAUCAUCGGAACAGCAGGUGGUAUGAUCGUUUUCAUUGGUAUGAACACUUCAAUCAUUCAAGCAUUCCCUCUUGAAUUCGCAGGUGUAGGAGGCUCAUUCGCCAAUAUCAUCUUCCAAGUCGGAGGUGUUAUCGGUAUCUCCAUCCAAGCAGGAUUGAUUAGUACAGGUGACGGUACCAUCGAGGAUUGGACGGGUUCAAAGAACUCGUAUUUCUUCACUGGUGCUUACAUCCUGUUCACCGGUCUAGUCUUUUUGGUUUGGUUCAAACCACACAAGAUGCCUGUAUUGGAAGGUCCAGUAGUGCAUGCUUAA